GAACGAUGAGAGGUCAGCGCCCCGCCCCCCGCGCUCAACCCACCCGACAGCAAGGUGAGUUGACCCGGAUGUGGUUCAAGCAAGCAACCACGACAACGGCGACUUCGACCGCCACCACGUGGACCACCUCCUCGACCAGCACGGCCUCGACCACGAGCGUCACCGCCUACGGGUGCUUCCACACGCCGGACUGCUUCGACCCCCACUUCGAGGCGGUGGAGUCCACGGGGACAUCGCCCGGGUCGCUCGAGGGCGCGGCGUCCGCGCUGCACAACGCCUCGGCUGCGAUGUUCAUAUACGGUGGGUACAGGGCUUCAGAUACGUUUAUACACGACGACCUCUACAUCUACAAGAUCUUGGAGAGCCAAUGGGCAAGCUGCCCACAGAACGGCGCUGUCCCGGUCGCAGCUCAGUUCCCCACGAUGGUCUUGUGGGAGGCCGACUACAAGCUAUUGUUGUUCGGCGGCGUUACGGAGUCGUUCGCAUGGCCGACUGACGUGUAUUCGUACACCGUCUCCAGCGACAGCAUCACGAAUGGUGAGAUUAGCGGCGAAUGGUCAAUCAUGACAGCCGGAGGCACGAUUCCAGAUGGGCGACUUGGCCACGUCGCCGUCUUCAAUGAGGCCACCUCCACCAUGUUCGUCUUCGGCGGCCAGGGCUCCGACUUCGCCUACAGGAACGACCUGUGGUGCUACGACGCCGUGUCUCAGGCGCUGCGAGGUCGGCGGCAGGCCGGAGCAGGCGGUGCCCUCGUCGGUGGCAGGCUCGACCCGCGGGCCGCCUCGGUGGCCAGUGGCUCCUCCGGGGCAGACGCACCGCGCACCGAGCGAGAACUGCUGGCGCCUGUCAUCUCGGGGGCCGUUGCGGCGGCGCUCGAGGCGACCGUGGCCCGUGGCCCCCAAGCUGGGCCAGCUCGAGAAGACGUUCCUGUGGCGAAGCUCUACACGUUGGCCAGAGACGUCCACGAGCGCGGGCCGCGGAUCGACGACGUGGGGAGCGGCCACGGGAAGCCGGAGGAGAGGAUGGUGGUCCUCGAGAGGGAGCCUCACCCGGCUCCUGCCCAGCCGCGGAAGGCUCCCCUGCGCACGCCCGACUGGGGCCGGCAGAUCGACACGUGCAUACUGCUGGUCAACGCGCGGGAGGAGAUCCGCCUGAAGGAGACGCGCCCGAUUUUAGGCUACACGGAGGGCGCCGAGUUCGACUUGGAGGGGGCCGACAUGUCGCGGUCAUAUGUGUUGCGGUUCACGGGCACGCUGCAGCACAUUGCGGAAGCGCGUCGCAACAAGGCAGAAUCAGGGCUGCGUGAGGCGCCUGGCCAAUGGCGGCGCUUCGUGCUGGCUCUUCCGGGUGGCCGCCGUGUGUCGCUCUCCGUCGGCGGCGACAAGAACCGCCACAGCAUCGCCUUGGAGGUCGCGGGGAAGAGGCUCAAAGGGGCCAUAUCGGAAAAACUCGAUGUCAACGUGUACCUGGAGAAGGAAAGCGGCCACCUCUCACACAGAUGGGAGCGAGUGGCCAAGAUUUUUCGGCGGAGCAGGGCGCGGGACGAGGCUCAAAAAGGCCAUAUCAAAUCGGAAAAACUCAAUAUCAACGUGCACCUGGAGAAGGAAAGCGGUCACCUCUCACACAGAUGGGAGCGAGUGACCAAGAUUUCGGCGGAGCAAGCGGAACCUCGCAGUGGUUUGGCAGGGCUGCGGGUGGAGAAGGAGACCCUCGACGAGAUCGCCGACUCGGUCUUCAACCCAAGGCGGUGGUCGCUCUACAGGAGGUUCAUCGGGAUGCUGGAGCUCUUCGCGACGGCCUUCAAAGGAGAGCCUGAAGAGCAUUUCCUGCGCGACCUCUCAGAUCACGUGCUGAUCACGGUGACCAUGCAGGAAUGGAUGCGGGAGCACUUCGAGAUCGCGCAUGAGUCCGUUGUUCUGAAGAACCAGCUCAUCUUUAGCCGACUGAUUGAGGUCCGCGGGAUUCAAGACGCCCUCGAGACGCAGCGCGCGGGGGAGGCCUCGGUCGGCAGGUGGCCACUGGGAGCGUCCGUCAUCGCGAACGAGUUGAAGGCGCACUGGGGGCCCGUCUUCGCGCGCUCCACGCCCACCCCCAGCAUGGCCCGAGCGGAGAAGUAUCUUGAGCGCUUCACAUGUGCUUAUGACUUCUCGGACAUCCAAAUGCCCGAAGUCCGCGACAUGAGAAAGUACCUCGACGCGGCGUUGCUUUCCGCGCCGGGGCCAGACGGGCUAUAUUAUCGCACAUGGGCCUGGGGACGGUGCCCCGAGCUCCUCCACGACUGCAUGUCUUGGGCGAUGGAGGGCAACCCGCUCGGAGAGGAGUUCAGCGCCAGCAUCGGGGUGCUCUUGCCCGAAGGCACUGGUGAUGGCGCUCGGCAGGACAGCGGCCCGCUCACUCGCGCAGCGGAAACACGUCCACUGGCAUUGAAGAGCUCGUGCAACAAGGCAGUGGUGGCGAUGCUGAAUGUGCCGCUUCGCAGGGUCCUGCAGCGCAGUGCCCCCUCCACGCAGGGGGGGUUCGUGCCGGGCCGUGCCAUGAUUCAGAACGUCACCGAUUUGGACUCGCACGCCCGGUUGGUCAACAGCCGAGCGCAGUCCGACGACGAGCGCAAGGAGGAGGGACCCCUGUGGGCGGUGGACUUUUGCGCGGCGUCCCCGUCGGCGCGGCAGGCCUGGACGCACCUGGCCUUGUCCCGUUGGCGGGCGCCGAGAGGUCUCAAGAAGGCGGCGCUUGUGCUCUACAUGGACAGCCAUCUCUGGAAUAGUUACUGGGCGACGUGGACCUACCCCUUUGAGGCGAUAUCGGGGGUCCUGCAAGGCUGGGCGCGGUCGUGCGCCGACGACCUCGGCGGGGUCGCUUGCAGGUACCGCUUCUUCAGGCAUCUGGCACGCAUCAUGAGGAUCGCUGCGGAAAUUGCCGCAUUGAGGCUGAAGUAUGAGAAGUGCGUGGUGGUUCCGCUUGCCACGGUGGACAACAACAUGAAAACACCGAUGGCGAAGUUCAUGGAGCGCACGAAACCCAUCAUGACGCAGGGGCCGCACGCCCACCUCGCGCGCCAGCAGUGCUUGAGCAGGGCGCAGCCGGUCACCUCGUACAAUAUGCAGUUCAUGAUGAUGCCUUGGAAAAUGGUGAGGGGGGCCUUGGGCCAGGGGGGCCGCAAGGCGUUGCGAUGGCGGCGCUCGGUCCAGGCGGAGGCACCCGGAAGCGCCAGAAAGCGGCAGCUGCCGCAGGGCUACUUCCAGAAGAUGGGCCUAAUCGGCCUGUUCACCCAGAGAUCCCGCAAGCACUACCAGAUGGAGGACUUGCAGGUGCACUGGGUGUCUGUGCGCGCCCACAUGAGGCAUGCCGCCAUGGCAUGGGCGCUCGCCGCGAUUCGAACGUGGGUGGGAGGGUGCGUCACCGGCACGAGGGGCGCUGAUAUGCGACCUCCCUGCGCCGCUCGCGUGGAGCCUUGGUCUGUGAAGGGCGGGCACUUGGCCUUCGCAGUGGCGCUGUAUCACGCGUGCCGCGUCUGCUCCCACCUGUGGCACGGCGCGGAGGAAGUGAUGCUGCAGAUGGUCAUUGGCAACAUCGAGGCGGUGAGGCUCGCAGUCCGCCUCCCGUUGAAAUCCCAGCAGAAGAAGAUGUUCAACAUGGUUGAGCUCAGGAUCGGCGGCUCCUACUGGGAAAACCUGACCUGGACGGGCGCCGUGCCAGCGGGGCAGUCGCCCGUAGCGAUCUGGUACGACGGCUCGUACGACACCUCAGGAGUGAUGGAGUGGGACCAGCACGAGGCCAUGAUUCUCUACGUGAAUGAUGAGCACGUGCAGAUGUGGUUCAAGCCGCCCACGACGACAUCGAUGACGUCGACAUUUUCGAGCACGGUGUCCUCCUCGACUGGGACCUCGACCGAGACCUCGACCACCGUGACUGCCUACGGAUGCUUCCACGAGCCGAACUGCUUCGAGCCGCACUUCGAGUCUUUGAUGGGCGUCGUGGGCGGCACCCCGCCCGCUGGGGGCGGCGAGCAGAAGGGCGCGUGGAACAACGCCACGGCCUCGAUGUUUGUCUUCGGUGGCCGGAACGAGAGCGACCCGAACGAUUUCCUCAACGACCUGUACGUGCUCAGGUAUGCCGGGUCGCCGGCCCCCGUCUGGGCCCGGUGCACCCCGAGCGGGGACGUGCCCGAGCCCCGCGAGCAUCCCUCGCUGGUGAUGUGGGAGGCAGAGAACAAACUGAUCCUGUACGGCGGCAUGUCCCUGUCCGACGCGACUCCUUACGACACGGUGCACGUGUACGAGGUGACCGACGACACCAUCAACGGUGGAUCCAUCAGCGGAUUCUGGUCACUGGUGGACGAUGGGACCACGACGCCAACCGCGCGAAUGCAGCAUUCAGCUGUCUUCAACGAGGCUACCUCUAGCAUGAUCGUCUUCGCGGGAAUUGCGGGAAUUCCCAGCAUCGGCUUCACCCUCCUGAACGACCUGUGGAGUUACCACGCCGCCUCCGAGAGCUGGACGUCGCUGUCACCAAGCGGCACCGCGCCUGCGGGGCGCAUCCGCCACGCCGUCGCGUGGUGGGCCGACGCGCAGAAGAUGUUCGUCUCCGGCGGCCCCGCGCUCGGCCUCGCGACGCAGACGGCAGGCGUCGGCCACGAGGCCGGCGGUCGCCGCCGAGCGCUGCGCGGCGUGGCCUCCGGGCGGUGCCGCAAGGAGCGAGGAGACAUGGAGGAGAUGCAGAGAGCCAUGCAGCAGCUGAGCCUCAGGCUCCAGCAGCAGGAGCGAGAGAUGAAGCAGCUGCAGGAGGACAGGCAGAGGAUGCAGGAAGAGCUGGAGCGUUCGCGGGAGGCACCGCAGCGCCAUGGAGGACAGCAGCCGCACUCCGUGGUCGACACGCGCGUGCUCAGCAAGCCCGAGAGCUACGCUGGCGAUCCGUCGAGGUUCGCGGAUUGGAGCUUCAAGAUGCGCGCGUACCUCGGGGCGGUGGACGAGCGCUACCAGCAUCUCAUCGAGAAGACGGAGAUGGCGACGGAGCCGCUGAAGAACGCGACGAUGGAGCCAGACGAGGCGCGGCUCAGCACCCAGUUGUACUACAUCCUCGUGCUGACGACGUCGGGGCCAGCGUUGACCAAGUGCCACAACGCUGGAGUCAACGAAGGCUUCGAAGCGUGGCGGCAGUUCGUACUCGAGUGGGAGCCGCGUAUUCGGACAAGAUUCGUGGGCCUGCUGAUGCAGCUGAUGUCGUACCGGUUUCGCGACGACAUUCCGAGCGCAUUGGCGGCAUUCGAGCGGCUCGUGCACGACUACGAGUCCCAGAGCCAGAAGACGGUCGACGACGACACCAAGAUCGGCGUGGCGCUGUUGGGGAUGGAGAACGAGCGCGUGAAGGAGCACCUGAUUCGAAACAGCAGCAGGAUCACGACGUGGCAGCACGUGAGGGACGAGAUCUUGGAGAUCACGAGGACGCAGCAGUACAUCGACUCGCAGCCCGCGCCGAUGCAGCUCGGGGCGACGCCCUGGAAUGCCGGAAAGCCCAAAGGCGGCAAGAGCAAGGAAGGCAAAGGCAAGGAAGGCAAGGGGAAGGACUCAAAAGGAAAAGGCAGCAAGGCCAAGAAGGGCGCCGAGGAGGCGUCGAACGCGAACAGGGACAAGGUGUGCUUCUACUGCAAGAAGACGGGGCACGUCAAGGCGGAGUGCCGGAAGAGGCAAAAGGACCUCGCGGCAGCAGAGGGCUCAAGGUCAGCCAGCGCGAGGCUGAGGUCGGACGCGGGAGGCCCCGCUCCGAGGGCAGACACGACUCCAGUUGGCGCUCUGCCAGCGACGCCUCAAUACCUCAUGAUCGACACCUGCGCAGGCGCGAGCGUGUUCCCGAAGGGGUUCGACCCGAACGCCGAGCCCGACGCGAGCGUGCGACCAGUCAAGCUUGCGACGGCUACGAACGACCCCGUGCACGGGGCGAGCGGGAAGCGAUCGAGGUUCGAGCUGGAAGGCGGGCGACAGGUGAGCGUGAGGUACAACGAGGCCGACGUGAAGUUCCCGAUCGUGAGCGUCGGCGAGGCGGCAUCGCAGGGGAAUUGGUUCCUGUUCGGGCCAGGCUGCCAAGCGAUGCUCCCAGGGACGAUGGCGAGCGAGCUGCGGCAGGCAGCACGGCAAUCAGAGGCUGUUCAGCUGGAGAUGCAUCGGGGGGUGUACUGGCUCCCGUGCGCGGCACCGGGAGCAGACAAGCACGAGACACCACUCUGCGCGACGCGAGCCGCGGCGGUGGUCGAGACCGCUCCGACGAUGUCUUCCAGUAGCGCGGCUGGCCCCUCGGACGCGGGUGGCCCCGCUCCGAUGGCCGAGGAGCCGGCGGCGACGCCAGCGUUACGACGAAUUCCCGGUUCUUUUCCGACAGCUGUGAGCUCGGGCGCGGGCAGCCCCGCCCCAGCGCAGCUGGAGGAGAGCGAGGCGUCGCGCGUCGCGAUCAGCAAGCGCCUCCCUCCCACGGUGAGCCGCCAGGAGUUCGACGAGCACCAGCUGACGCACUUGCCUUUCCGCUCGUGGUGCGACCACUGCGUGCGAGGCAAGGCAAGUGACGAUGCCCACCGGGCGAGGAACGAAGCAGAGAAGGGGGCGCCCAGAUGGUCCAUGGACUAUUUCUUCCUGGCCAGGGCGGGCGAUCCCCAGCAGGCGAAGCCGGUGCUCUGCUGCCUUGACUCUCUUAGCGGCGCGGUCUUCGCUGCGAUGGUGCACAAGGGUGGCGACCGCUACGCGCUCGCCGUCAACCAAGAGGCCCUGAGGUUCACGGGCAGGACGAGCAUCAUCAUUCUGAGCGACCAGGAGAAUGCAGUGAAGAAGCUGGUCAACCUUGUGCGCGAGGAGCGUGUCCAUGACACCGUCGUGCUCAACGCGCCGAAGGGGUCGAGUGUCAGCGCGGGCGGCAUCGAGCGUGCCAACUACGAGGUCGAAAAGCAGGUGCGGACGAUGAGGUCCAGGAUCGAACAGGUGUACGGCAUCAAGGUGGACCUCGACCACAAGCUCCUCCCCUUCCUCGUCCGUCAUGCCGCGUGGCUGAUCACGCACUACCAGGUGAAGGUCGACGGCAAGACGCCGUACGAGCGGCUGCGCGGACGGCCAUGCAAGGGCCAGAUCGCCGAGUUCGGUGAGGUGGUGCAUUGCAGGGACCCCCAGAAGGCCGCCGACAUGCCCAAGCUCGAUGACAGAUGGCGGCUGGGCGUGUGGCUCGGCAAGAGCCUGGCGAGCGACGAGCACUACGUCGGCAGUGCGGCCGGCGUGCAGAGGUGCAGGUCGAUCUGGAGGCGGCCGGAGCCGAGCCGCUGGGACAAGAAGCUGCUGGAGGCCAUGGCUGGAGAGCCAUGGGACCCGAAGGCGGGGGUCAGCCUGGAGAAGGCACCGAUGCCGAGGGGAGUGUACAUUACCCUGGACCGCCAGAUUAAGUACGGCGGGACGAAGGGCUGCCCCGCGUGCUUCGGAGACGCCAAGAUCCAUUCAGCAGAGUGCCGUGCCAGGUUCCAGGACCUCGUGGACCGGGACGCGGCGGCUCGUGCGCAGCCAGCGGGAAGCACCGCGGCGGCCGAGUCGGCCCCUUCUGCGCCACAGCCAGCGGGCAGCACCGCGGCCGGGAUGGAGGUCAGCGCAGCAAGGGGUGACGGGCGGCUCGCGCUGGGAGCGGGUAGGCCCGCCGUGGCUGAGCCGCAGGACGAGCCCAUGGGCGAGGUAGCGGAAGAUUUGCCUGGGGCUCGGAAGCGCCAGAAGAUCCUGGCGGGUCUCCCAACGCUGCACGACCAGGGGCCGCAGGCAGAGGAGAUGCUUGAGACGCUUCCUCUGCUGGCAGCGCUGCCCGACGACGCAGAGUGGCAGGAGCAGCUCUUGGACUGGGGGCGCGAUUACUAUGGCACUAAGAGCGGGAAGCUGCUGAACAAGCAGAAGGUCUAUGAGGGCAGGCGCCGAGAGCUGGACAACAUGCAGCGCCUGGAGGUCAAGGAGCCCAUCCUGCUGUCGGAGGCGCGUGCUCAGGGCUUGGAGGUCGUCUACUCCAAGUGGCUGGACGACGAGAAGGCCACGCCGGAGGACCCUGACGCAGUCAGAUCACGGCUGGUGGCCACACAGGUCAACACCUACGGCAGGGAGGACGUGACCCAGGCGACGCCGCCGAUCAUGACCACUAGGCUUUUGGUCAGCAUGGCGGCGACGAAGACGAAUGCGAGAGGAGAGCACGACUGGCUGAUCGGCCGGCAUGACAUCAGGGUGGCGUUCUUCCAUGCAGCUGGCUCGGGGCGAGUGGUCAUCGUACCACCUCGAGGGCUCGCGCCGCCGGGUGUUGCUUGGAGGGCCCUGAAGGCAUGGUACGGCACGCGCGAGGCCAGCAAGUGCUGGGGGAACGAGGUCACGGACACCAUGCAACGCGAGGGGGCCAAGCAGGUAAUGGUGGUCCCAAUGAUGUUCUUCUCAGACUCCUUCGACUACGUGACGAACUGCCAUGGCGACGACUUCCUUUCAGCAGGGACGGCGGCGGCACUCGACGAGGUGGAUCGGAUCCUGGACGAGCACUUCGACACGAAGAGGCUGCCGCGCAUAGGACCGCCAGCUCACGGCGGCGAAGCAGCCGAGGGGCAGCAUCUUGGACGCAUUAUCCGGUGGACGCCGAGUGGUUUCGAGUAUGAGGCGAACCCCAAGCACGCCGAGGACUUGUGCCGCCUGGCGGGACUGCAACCGGCAUCGAAGGGGGCACCGACGCCAGCGACCAAGAGCACGGCGAAGGGCCGGCGCGACCAGGACGACGAGCUGAGCGACGAGGAGGUUAAGACGAGCUUCAGGCAGGGUGCAGGGACCGCACUGUAUAUGUCCAUCGACCGGCCGACCAUACAGUUUGCCACGUCGCAGGUGAUGGCCGGCAUGAGCAAGUCGAAGGUCGUCAAUCAGCUGCAGUUGCACAGGCUGGCGAGGUACGUCAAGCAGUACCCCAGGGAGGUGUGGCUGUUCGCGUACCAGAGCGCGCCCGAUGGUCUCUAUGUGUACACGGACACCGACUGGGCGGCCGACGAGCUAACGAGGUGUUCCAAGUCGUGCACGGUGGAGCGGUACGGCGACCACAUGCUGGACUGCAGCGUGGCCAAGCAGUCCACGAUAGCGCUCUCUAGCGGCGAGGCGGAGUUCUACGGCAUCGUGCGCGCAGUGGCCAUUGGGAAGAUGACCAGCCAGGUGCUGCAGGUUGGAAUCGCUUGUGAAGCAGAUGCCGCUGCGGAGAGAGGGGCCGGUGGCAGUGGCUUUGCUGGCAACGCGAUCGUGAAGCUGCUCGUCAGGGUGGCCAGGCACCCGGCCACGGAGGGGCAGCCACAGUUCCGGGAAACCCUCGCGACGGUUGCGGGUAGCACCGCACGGUGCGGGGAGGUGAAGGCUCUGGCCUGUGCCGCGGGCGCGAGGAGGCGCGACGGGCGCCGCCUGGUGGCGAAGAAGUGCUGCAUCCGGGACCUCGACGAGAAGCAGCGGGCGUUGUGCCUUCAGGAGCUCUCCCUGCUGCGGAAGGUGCGGCACCCGUGCAUCGCCGAGGUCAUAGACUUCCGCUGGUCGGCGGAGGACAGGCUGGAGUACUGGCUGGUCCUGAAGUACUAUCCGCGGG